GUCAGUCGUAGACUGGAGAGCCCUGUGAGAGCAGGGGACGGACUACUCUCUUACUAAACAAAUAAUAUUUUUUAAAUUUACAUUUUUAAUAUUUUUCGUGUGUGCCAGUGUCACGUUUGUUUAGUUAUCAGUUUUUUUCUUCAUUAGAAAAUCAUCAGCGUCACUAUCAUCGUCAUCAUCAUCAUCAUCAUCAUUAUUAUUAUAAUAGCUAUCAUUAUUAUUAUUGUCAAUUGUUGACCCAAAGCACGUGGAAUUUAAACAAAAGGACAAAUCGGUCCACUAUGAAGCUCCGAAAUAAAUUUAAAAACCUACUGGCAAAUUUUAAGUGAAAUUUUCCUCCAAUUGAGACUGGACAAAUUAUUGUUAUUAUUAUUAAUAUAAAUAUCUAUAUUAUUGUUAAUUAUUAUUGUAAUUAUUAAUAGACAGUGAAUAAAACUCUAAUGUGUGAUACUGUGGGUGCUCGUGCUCUAUUAUUGUGAUUUAUUAUUUUAAAAACUGUUUAAAAAAAUAACUUGCGCGUAAUGUCGGCGUACGCGCAAUUCGGAUACUCGUAUCCGUCGGCAUCCCAGUUACUAGUAAGCGGAGGUCAGCCAACGACAGCAACAUCUCCAGCAGUGUCCUCAGGUGGAGCAUUGAGUCCCAGUGCGUUGUCCCCGUCGUCAAAUGCUCGAACCGCAGUCCCAGGUGCCUCUGGAGGUGCCGAGACUCCGGUGGGCAGCUCGACGGGGGCCGGAUGCUGCGAGAACGGGAGACCCAUGAUGACCGACCCGGUCACUGGCCAGACGGUUUGCUCUUGUCAAUAUGACAGCGCGGCCCGUCUCGCUCUCGGAGCUUACCCGCGACUGGGACCUCCAGCGUCUUCGUACUCGACUUACCCCACACCGACGCCCUCGGCCACGGACCAAGGGCCUUAUCCAAGCAUCGGGAUGGACAGCUCCGCUUUCUACUCACCCCUCGGAAAUCCUUAUGGACUAAAGGAUGCAACGGGGAUGGGAAUGACGGCGGAUAUGGGCGCAGCCUGGGGCACGGCGGCGUUACAACCCGCCGCGACUGGAUACUACCCCUAUGAUCCAACGCUUGCUGCUUAUGGGUAUGGAGCCGGGUACGAUUUGGCGGCACGUCGGAAAAACGCGACCAGGGAAUCGACGGCGACUUUGAAGGCCUGGCUGAACGAGCACAAGAAGAAUCCUUAUCCGACGAAGGGGGAGAAGAUAAUGCUGGCAAUUAUCACCAAGAUGACCCUCACCCAGGUGUCAACGUGGUUCGCCAACGCGAGGAGAAGACUUAAGAAGGAGAACAAAAUGACGUGGGAGCCCAAGAACAAAACCGACGACGACGAUGACGCGAUACUCACCGACUCGGAAGAUAACAAAGACAAGGACGAGAUGGGCAGUGAGCACCGGAGUGACCGCGUCGGAGACGACUCUCAACGCAGCCUUGAUGACAAUGAGCCGAUAAGACACGUCAAGGCCGAGCACAUGCACCACGAAAAAGACCUGGAGGAUGAGGACGACCUGGACCUGGAAGAUGACCCUCGAGCGCGUGGUGACAUGGGCUAUCACCACAUGCCGCACCACAGCCAUCAUCACCACCAUCAUCAAGGCUACGUAGGAGAAGACCACCACCUCAAGGAAGAGGGAGUUAAAUCUGACUGCCAAGCGGGAGUUCCUAUUCCCGCGACGAAACCCAAGAUCUGGUCGUUGGCUGACACCGCGGCCUGCAAGACUCCUCCACCUAGCAGCCAUCCUCACGCGCAUCAGCACCAUCAGCAGCAGCAGUACCUCCACCAUCACCACUACGGUCUCCAGCAGCAACAGCAGCAGCAUCAACUCCAGCAGCACAAUCCUCACCACCACCAAAACACCGGGCAGCCCUGGCAACUGGGUCCCUCUGGGCCAAAUGACAACUCUGGUCUCGGUGGACUCACGUCUUUCGCCCUUCCCUCGUCAGCUACCUCGAUGAGUCCUUCAGCAGCCGCAGCCACCCCCUACUCCAACGUCUCCAGGUACGGUGGGUUCCUCAGCUCCGGGAACCAGCUCCACUAUAACCCAAACUCUUCCUCGGCAUCUUCGUCCAGCGCAUCGUCCAGUGCCGCUGCGGUGGGGUUUCCCGAAGUUGGUACGGACACGCCACCCCAAACGCCACCCAACAUGAAAGUGGCGACGCCCAAUGGUGUGAUCCAAGCAGCUCCAGCAGCAGCGGCCUACUGCCCUGGUGGCAUCAACACAACCGCGGUCACCAGUAAUCCCAGCACCCCGAAUAACCACUACCCCAGCAACACGAUCCUCGCCUCCAGCAACACCGGGUACUUAUCUUCCAGCUCGGGCUCCUCCGUCAGCAGCAACUCCUCGUCCUUCGGCUCGAGACUGCAGAGUCCCCACAAGGAGACCUUCGUCAACCAGAACGGCCUUCACCAGCAGACUGCUGCCAGUCUCGCCACCGAAGCCACUACUGCGUUCAAACCCUUCUACAAAGAAUCACAAUCUAUGGCUAGUGGAUUUGUGUCACCAGUUUAGGAAUUAACACCUACCGAUCUUGAAUGAUUAACCUGGGACUCGGCUCUUCAGAUAAAAUGAAAGUCUCUAAACAACAAACAGGAUAAAAAGUAAAAAUAAAAUAAAAAAUGUAAAGUAAGGAUGACAACAACCAAAACAAAAAGAAAAACAACACAUACCAGGAGAUAAUAAGACACAAGGAGAUAUUGAUAGUACGACGAGCUGACUCCGUACCGUUUUUCCAUCUCCGUCUGUGUGUGUGUGUAUGUGUGUGUCUGUAUUUGUGCGUUCACGUUGUGUGUCGUGUGUCUAUACUAUGUCCGUCUAUACUUUUACCUUUAUAUAAAUCCUCACAGUACAGUUUACAGUUCAGUUAAAAGCGAGCGAGCGAACGAACCAACGAGAUUGUAUACAACCAUACAACCGUACGGAGAAUGUACUUUACUAUUACAUGUGCGAUGUACAGACAGAAAGAGAGCGAACAAAAAAUCUAAAAGACCUUAUGCUUAAGAGCGACAGCGAAAUAAAGAGAGAGAGAGAGAGAGAGAGAGAGAGAGAGAGAGAAAGAGAGAGAGAGAGUGAGCCGUGUGAAUACCGGAUUAGUCCAAAAGGGAUUAAGAGAGUUAGAGAUUAACGUCAACGUAUGCUUGUAUGCUAUGCAUGCGUGCUCUAUGUCUCACCAUAAAAUACGAAAAUCCAUUUUCAAAUGGACUCACAACAAACUUUAUUUGCCAGACGGCUAAUUAUUAUUUUUUUUUUAUUUUUAAUUUGUUACAUAAAAUAAAAGUAAUAAAUUUUAAUUAAUUAAUUAUUAUAAUUGUAUAUCGUUCUCUGGGAAAAGAGUAUUUAAAUAUAUCGGGAUACGUGCAAAUGGCAACACUAAUAUAUAUAGAUAUAUAUUGAAUAAUUGGGAGUGAUAUAUAUUGCUCUUGAUGGUUUACUCUGUAUUAUAUUUAUUAAAUUGGCAAAUAAAACAACGAGCCUAUAGUUAUUAAUAAAAACAAUUACGUCCAUUUUCAGCUAAUAAAUAUCAUAAUAUUUUAUUGACACCCGUUCAAAGCUUUACCAGUUAAUGUCGAGUACAUUUAAUUGUUUAUAUAAUUAUUUAAAUGCAGAAUGCUGAUGGUUAUUUAUUUUUGGAUUCAGUUUUUGGAGCUCGGGCGCCUGUACGAGUAAAGUAAUUGGGAUAAGAGGGUUGAUAAGCACAUGGAUAGAUAGGAAAUUUAAUAAGCUACGAUUUUGGUAUCUGUGAAAAUUUUCGUACGAAAGAUAUUUUGGGAGUUAUGGGGAUUUUUGUAGUUGGGGGUUUCUUUUGAUAUUUUGCGGGAAUUGAAAAUUUGAGAAAUUUGUUUUAGGCGUUUCUUUGGAAAAUAUUGGAAAAUUUGGAAAAAGUAGUAGGUCACUAGAAAGGAAAUUUUAUCCUCUACAACUUUGAUCUCUUUGAAAAUUUCCAUAAAAUCAAUGGUUUAAAAGUUACAGCCAUUUUGAUAAGUAUAUAUAGUUAUUAAUCCAAAAUCUAUAUUAAUUUCAAAAGUUUAUUUUUUAUUAUAACUAGGGAACUAGUUAACGAAAGUAGGCCGAAAAAUAGGUCAUUAGAAAGGGAAUUUCAUAAUCUACAACUUUUGUAUCAACAAAAAUUUCCUUAAAACCAAAAUUACAGGCGUAAUCAUAAAAAAAUCUAAUUCGCAGCUCCAAAACGCGAAAUCCAUAAGUGAAUAAUCAAAAAACAAAACCUCAAACUGAAAUAUUGUAAUUAAAAAAAAAAAAAAAUACAUAACACAGUAGUCCCCGCAAUAUAGCUUAUUAAGUGACAGUGUACUUUAAGCGAUAAUUACGACAUAAACAUGUCGCCGUUUACCAUGUACGAGUGUUGCCCAUUAUACCCCGUGGCCAUCCCCACAUCUCCCAUCUCACCCACGUGUUAAUAAAUCCACACUAGCCUAACAUAAGUGAACUCGAUAAUCGGUCUCGCUAUCGAUAUAUCGCUAUUGGUAUUGGGGAUGCGUAUUCGUCAUGAUUCAUUAAUUAUCAUUAUUAUUAUUAUUAUUAUUAUUAUUAUUAUUAUUAUCAUUAUUAUUACUAUUAUUAUUAUUAUUGUAAUAUUUUAUCUUAAAUAAUAAUCUCGCACUUAAAAUAUAAAUUAUGUAAACAAAUUAUUUAUAUUUUCUUAAGGAA